AUGGUCCAAGCAAGUGAUCCAGACAUCUUAUCCGACUUCAUCCCUCCAUCAUCAAACCCGAAUGGAGUUGAUGGGAAUUUCUUCACCUUCACUGGACUGCGUGGAAUAUUUAAUCAAGCUCCAACAACCUUUAAGGAUACAAAAGUUAGCAACGCGGAAUUCCCAGCUCUAAAUGGCCAGAGCGUCUCCCUGGCCAUUCUCCAGUUCCCUGCAGGUGGCGUUAACCCGCCUCUUACCCACCCUCGUGCAACUGGGCUACUGUUUGUUGUCGGAGGUAGUCUUGAGGGGCUAGUUCACUAUCAAUACAAUGCCAAUGCCAAUGCCAAUGAACCGGCUACUGCUAUCGCUGCCUUUGGCAGUGCAAAUCCUGGGACUGCGUUGCUUCCUAUAACUUUGUUUGCCAGUGGCGUCGAUGAUGAGAUUCUUGCUAAGUCUUUUAAAACCGAUGUUGCCACCAUUCAGAAGCUCAAGGCAGGUCUUGCACCACCCAAAGCCUAA